AUACUGCGCACGAAUAAACGCGUCUGAAGCAGUGUGUUCUUCAUUACAGUAGUGCGUACAGUUAUACGGUGUCAAUUGGUCCCAUUAAAUCUGCGUUUAAAAUAUCUGAUAGUUAUAAAGCUGCAUAGAGAGUCUGUGACUUAAUUUAUUGCCUGCAAAUUUUGAUUAUUUACGUUUAUACCAGUAACCAACAGCAAAGAUGAAGACUAAAUUCAUCAAUGGCGUCUCUUCCUCGCCUUCAAUGUCUCUGGGUUUAUUGGUAAAUGAGAAUGUCCUCGAAGUCCAGCCAGACAUUGGGAACGACUGCAAAGACAUUAUUCGACCGGAUGAGCCCGACCACCAGACGAAGCAUAAGGCGUAUCUAUGGUGUAAAGAAUUCCUUCACGGAGCCUGGAAGUCCAUAGAUGAGGAUGAUUUCCAAAUCUCCAUUAUCAGGGGAGGUCUCAGCAACAAACUGUUCCUCUGUGCUUUGCCAGAGAAGCAACCAAGCAUUGGAGAUGAACCACGAAAUGUGCUCCUUCGUCUGUAUGGAGAAAUUCUGCAGAUGUCCUGUAAUAAAGGGGAUUCCAGACAAUCAAACACAGAAAAUCACUUUCAAGGAGCUGAUGCCAUGGUACUGGAGAGUGUGAUGUUUGCCAUCCUGGCCGAGAGGGAGCUUGGGCCCAAGCUCUAUGGCAUUUUUCCACAGGGGAGACUGGAACAGUUUGUCCCUAGUCGAAAAUUGUCCACAGAUGAGCUGAGUGUCCCUGGUAUAUUUGCUGAGAUUGCUGAAAAGAUCACCAGAUUUCAUGGAAUGAGAAUGCCCUUCAACAAGGAGCCAAAGUGGCUGUUUGGCACCAUGGAAAAGUACAUGGAUCAAGUGCUUCAGCUCACCUUCACCAGGGAGCACCAUCUACGAAACUUUUCCCGCCUUUUGAGCUACAACUUGCCUCAAGAGAUGGACAGUCUCAAGUGUCUACUUGAAUCAACUCCCUCUCCUGUUGUUUUCUGCCACAAUGACUUGCAAGAAGGAAACAUCUUGCUCCUGAGUAGCCGUGAGAACACAGACAGACAGAGGCUCAUGUUAAUCGACUUUGAAUACAGCAGCUACAACUACAGAGGAUUUGACAUUGGAAAUUUUUUCUGUGAGUGGGCUUAUGACUACACCUUUGACAAGUUUCCAUUUUUCAUCACCAACACCAAAAAUUACCCCACCAAAGCACAGCAGAUGCAUUUCUUUCAGACUUAUCUGUUGGAAUCUCAUGCUGGAUUUGAAAACUUGAGUGAGGAGGACCAGCUGAAACUCAAAGAGGAUAUGCUAGUGGAGGUUAACAGGUUCGCUCUGGCCUCCCAUUUCUUCUGGGGAUUGUGGUCCGUGAUCCAGGCCAAAAUUUCAACUAUUGAGUUUGGGUACAUGGAGUACGCCAUGGCCAGAUUUGACGCAUACUUUGAGCUCAAAAAGAAGCUCAGGGUUUAAAGAAAACAUGCAUAAAUUCCCAAACGGAUAGUAGGAAGAGGGAACAACUGCUCAUAUGGUGUCAAGAAAAGAGCGGAGCAAAUUUUGAAUGUGUUUAAAAGAGGAUGCUCUGCGUCUGUAGUGAUUCAACCGUGCUGCAUGGACCAAAAUCAAUGCAACAUACGUAUUUUUAAAAAGUGUCCCCAUAUGCUGAUUCUCAGUGUUUACAAGUUUAAGCUUCUCACAUUUAACACACCAGCCUGAGCUUCUGGACAGUUGGAGAAUAAUAGAGAAGAAUAACGAGGUCACAGGGGAAAAUAUUUUACGCAGCUGCAAUUUGAUUCACAAGUCAAAGAAUGGAGUGGUGGAAAGUUCUUCAUACUAACUUAAGCCUUGUGGUGUUUCUUAUCACCUAGUCAUGUAGUGUUAUCUAUACAACCGGUGAUAGAAGAUGCGCUGUUAAAGAGUAAGGUUCAAAAACUGGACCUGUUACCAGAAGAUGGUAACAGACCAAACAAUGUUAACACUGCGGUUCUGAUGAUUCAGCAUUGUGUUUGUUUCCAUUUCUGUUUCCAUUUUUUGGGUGUCCUUUUUACUGGAUGAUUUACCUCUUUUCUACUUCUAUUAGAUCAUGUCUUGUUUGAUGUCUGUUUCUAGUAGAUCCGCAUGAUGUGAAGUGAAAUACCCGUGGGACCGCACCAUCUGCGUGUAGUAUGAAAUAUCUGUCUUAACAUUGGAAAACUAUGGUUUUGACCAUAGUGAUGUCAUUCACCUCUUGUUAGAGGUGCUCGUUUAUUUUUUUCGUUUAUUUAUUUUUUAAGAAUUUGACAAGUAUGAGAUUACCCGCCUGUAUCUGAUUUGAUACUGAAUUGAUAACUGUUAGAUAUUAAUAUAAAACUUUAUAACAGUUGAUCUUAAAAUAACAGCCUUUUGUUUAAUAUAACAGUUGGUCUGAUUACAAUUUCACAGUGAACGUUUAUGAAUGUUUAUUCUCCUUUUCUUUUUUAAAAUGCUAUAAAAUAGUUUUACGACUGAACAAUAUUUACUUAGUUUUGCAUUUUAGUUCAACUUAUAACCUUAAAUUGCGGUAAAAGUAUUGUUUAUUUUUUCAUAUAUUUGAAAUAUAGGUAUUGUAAUACAAUAUUAUUAAGGCAGUCUUGCUUUUUUGCUAAUGGUAAUGUCGAAGGCACUUUCUGAAACAGUUCUGUGAAAAAGUUGUAUUAAUUGCAAAUGUAACUUUUCUAUUAUUUUUCUGCAACGGAAGUUGUAUUUUUCUUAAUAAGAAAGUGUUCUGUGUCAUUACUGAAAUAAUAUAAGUGGAUCUCUUGGCCCUUUUUUAACUAGUAUACUGGUGAUCAAUUGAUUUCUGUUCAAUCUUUCUAUCUUAAAUCAUAUAAAAUAAAAUAAAUAUAUUUAUUUACAUGUUCCUAUGUAACUGGUCUCUAUGAAUCUCAAUUUUUAGAACAUUAGUAAACAGAAAGGAAAAGUGAAAGUAUAGUGUUGAUGUUAAAUUUUUUUUAAAAGAAUAAUUGAACAUUAUUCCGUUUUUAAAAUCAGUUGUUUAUCUAGACAAGCUUUACUAACUUGUCCAUCUGUUAACAUCAAUAUAAAGCCUCUGAUGCUUGUUCUCUCUAAAUAUCCAUUAAAUGUAGAAAUAUAAAAAAUGAGGAAUAGAAAAUACAAAAGACUUAAGUGAAACCAUUCAACAGGUUGUAAUGUACUAAUUUAUGCUUGCAUAUGACUGUGAAUAAAGGGUUGUAAAA